GCGUUGCUUAUGAUUUUUUAUUUAGUCUGUGUGAGCAUCUGUGGUCGUUGAUUGACGACUCAGAGAAAUAACAGCGAGUAGACGCAUUUUAUUUAUCGUGUUUGUGUUAUAAUUUAGUGAAAAAUGGCAAAAAGGAAAAAUAAACCUUUAAUAGACUCAGACUCCAGUAGUGAGUGCUCAGAUUUGGAUUCACAAUUCCUGAAUUUAGCAAAGAAAAAGAAGAAACCAGAAGAUUCCCCUCCACAGUCCAAAUCUAAGAAGUCUGGUUCAGGUUCUGACUCUGAAUCCGACUGGGAUGACGAUGACAACAAGAAGUCAAAUUCAAAAUCCUCAUCCUCAUCGGGGUCAGACUCGGAGAGUGAUGCCAGAAGUGAUACAUCGAAAAAGAAAGAAGCACCUCGCAGUACAAGGAAGACAUCUUCAGAGCACUCGGACGACAGCCAGAAGAGAGUGGAACCUAAGAAGACAGAGAACAGAAGAAGCACAGACAGCACAGAGUCUGCCAAGAAGAAGGAGACAUACAGUGAGCCCGAAGAAGGGGAAGUGUCGUCACACUCGUCAGACAAUGACUCCAUUGAUUCAGAAGAAGAAUUUGAUGACGGAUAUGACGAAAACCUCAUGGGCGACGAGGAGGACAGAGCUCGCCUCGCCGCCAUGUCCGAGAAGGAGAGGGAGCAGGAGAUCUUCAAGCGAAUCGAGAGGAGAGAUCUCAUGAAAACCAGGUGGGAGAUAGAGCGCAAGCUGCGCCUGGCGCGUCGCUCGGCGGCGGGCGGGUUGUCCCCGGCCGACUAUAUAAUUAGUGAGACGUGUGUCAGUGAGCGAGUAAAGAAUGUUGUCCCGUGUGCAGGUGGGAGAGUGGGAGAUAGAGCGCAAGCUGCGCCUGGCGCGUCGCUCGGCGGCGGGUGGGAGAUAGAGCGCAAGCUGCGCCUGGCGCGUCGCUCGGCGGCGGGCGGGUUGUCCCCGGCCGACUAUAUAAUUAGUGAGACGUGGGAGAUAGAGCGCAAGCUGCGCCUGGCGCGUCGCUCGGCGGCGGGCGGGUUGUCCCCGGCCGACUAUAUAAUUAGUGAGACGUGGGAGAUAGAGCGCAAGCUGCGCCUGGCGCGUCGCUCGGCGGCGGGCGGGUUGUCCCCGGCCGACUAUAUAAUUAGUGAGACGUGGGAGAUAGAGCGCAAGCUGCGCCUGGCGCGUCGCUCGGCGGCGGGCGGGUUGUCCCCGGCCGACUAUAUAAUUAGUGAGACGUGUGUCAGUGAGCGAGUGCCCGCCGCAGAGAUGGAGGCGGAGGCCCCGGCGCCGCCCGAGCCCCAGCAGGACAAGGAACUGCCGCCGCCCAGUCCCGGGGAGAUACUCGACGACAAACAGGAUGCUGACCGGUCGGAGCGCGCCGGCUCGCCCCAGUUCGGCAAGACGGAGCGCAAGCGGAACGUCGACGACAAGCGACAGAACGCCAUGGCCGCCCUCCGCGCCCAGAGGGACGCCAAGGCCACGCGCGUCGAGCUCUCCCGCCAGCGCAGGAACAAGGAACUCUCUCACAACGACAAGGACGACACCGACGACGCCGACGCGGAGAUCAUCGGCGGCACCAGCAAGCAGAGCGUCAAGUUGAAGGCGUCCGACAUAUACUCCGACGACUCCGGGUCCGACUCUGACGAUAACAAAUCCCAAGGUCGGCGCAGUUCGUCCAGUUCGAUGUCGUCGGGCGGCGAGGAGGAUGACUCCAAGCGAGAGCGGGAACUGGUCGAGGUCAAGUACGCCGAUACUAAGGAACAAAUCAAUAAACUCCGACUCAGCAGAUUCAAGCUGGAGCGUCUGGUCCACCUUCCAUUCUUCGCGCGGGUAGUGACUGGAUGCUUCGUCCGCAUCGGCAUCGGGAACAAUAACGGGAACCCCGUCUACAGGGUAGCAGAGAUAAUAGACGUGUAUGAGACUGCGAAGGUGUACAACCUCGGCAACACUCGCACCAACAAGGGCCUCAAGCUCCGGCACGGAACCCAGGACCGCGUGUUCCGCCUGGAGUUCGUCAGUAACCAGGAGUUCACGGAGAGUGAGUUCCAGAAGUGGAACAAAGCCAUCAAGGACGCCAACAAGAAGCCUCCCACCAUGGACUUCGUGCGGAACAAGAUACAGGAAGUCAAGGAAGCGCUCAUGUACGAGUUCAAGGAGGAGGACAUUGAGAAGAUAGUAGCGGAGAAGGAUCGGUUCAGGUCGCAUCCCACUAACUACGCCAUGAAGAAAACACAGCUCAUGAAGGAACGAGACGUCGCACAACUCAGAGGGGACGACGAGACCGUGAUGGAACUGAAUGCCAAGAUACAGGAACUGGAGGAACGAGCCAGUCAACUAGACAAGACUAGGACGUCCUCUAUACAGAGCAUCUCUUACAUCAACAACAGGAACCGGAAGCUCAAUGUAGAGACCGCGGAGAAGGCCAUCAUGGAGGAAGUGAAGGCCAACAAGGGCAAGAAGGCAGACGAUCCCUUCACUCGUCGGAGCACUAAACCUGUCAUGAACUUCAAGUCCGGAGCCAGCAAGGCACAGGACGCGCGCAGCGAGGAGGAGGCGGCCGACGCCAUCAAGCAGAGGGACGACGACCGCGCCCUCCGCGACCUCAAGGACAGGGAGCGACUCCAGGCCGCGGCCGACGCAGCCAGCGCGCGCGGGGGCGCGGACCUGCCGGCGCCGCGGCCGCCGCCGCCCGCGCCGCGCGCGCCGCCCGCGCCGGCCAAGGACGUCGGCCCGCGCCGCUCGCUCAACCUGGACGAGUACAAGAAGCGCCACGGACUGAUAUGAUCGCGGCCUGUGUUACUUACUGACUCGUAUUGUUUUACUUGUGUAACGAUGUUGUUGCGUUUUAUUUUAUAUUACAUGAUUAUGAAACGGUCGGAUCGCCAUCGUCGACAUAUAGUAGCGCACGUGUACAGCCUGUACCUCGAAAAUGUUGAGUGUGACGAUAUAACACAUGAGUGUCCGCGAACCCUUCUCUGUUGAAUACUCGCAAUGACUUACACUCAAUAUUUUUGAUCUGAUGGAUCAAUGACACGCGGAGUGUCCUCUGUUUGUAUUUCGUUACAAGUCCCCCUGCAUGGCGCGCAGUCAAGGGUAACAUACAAAUCCAAUAAUACCCGUCAUAGUCGAAGCCUAUUGUUUCAUUUUCCGUCCACUUUCAUUUGGUGACUACCACCAACACAUUCACUGCACGAGUAAUAGUGUUUCAGUAAUAUUGCAUACAAUGGGGACACUCGGGCUGUGUCGGUGUGGAAGCUACGAGUUAGACUUACAAUGUAUGUAUAAUUACCUCCAAUGCGGCGGACGCCUGUUAGCCUUAAUUAAUAUAAGUAGUUGUUAUAGCUUAUUUAUUAUUGUUCCUGUGCCGGCCACGAAGAGUGGUCGAAUCAGUUUUAGUAUUCCUUUAUAUUGUAUAUCGUAUAAAUUCAAUUUGCAAGAGCAAUAAAAAUGUAAGAAAAUGUAUUUAAUAAAUGAAUGAUAAGGAGCUAGACUAGUGGAAUCGCCAUGUGACGCAAAUGUUGCAAAAUGGAACUACAAAAUAUAGUUCUCGAAUAGUUGUCGUUUUAAUUGGUAAGCGCGUACUUCGCCCCUGAUAUAAAGUGUGAAAAUAUCUUUAUAGGCAAAAGUUUCCAAAACUACGACAUUGCGGAUUGCGGAACUCCGUAUUAUAAUUAGAUAGUGUUAGCAGUAAUAUAAAUAUAUUACGCGAGUAUAGACCGGGGUCGCGCGGUCCGCCAUGUCGCAGCCGACAGUUCCUCGUGACAACUCGUGUUCAAACAUUUGUACCGUUGUAAUACUUGUGUACUUUAUUUAUUUGACUAUGAACAAAUUGAUAAUGGUUAAUACUUAAUUCUUGUAAAUGGAAGCUCAAAAGCUUAAAUAAAAUUUGAUAAAACAAG